AUGAAGGCCAAACCACUUAGUCAGGAUCCAGGCUCCAAACGUUACGCUUACCGUAUAAAUAAGGAAGAAAAUCGUAAAGAGUUGAAGCAUGUUAAGAUAGAUGAAAGUACUUUGGUGCAAGAAGGCCAAAAGAUUGAUUUGCCUAAGAAGAGAUACUACCGUCAAAGAGCGCAUUCCAACCCAUUUUCAGACCACCAAUUAGAGUACCCAGUAUCUCCACAGGAUAUGGAUUGGUCUAAAUUGUAUCCUUACUACAAAAAUGCAGAAAACGGCGACAUGAUAAAAAAAGUGACAAUAGCUGAUAUUGGUUGUGGAUUCGGUGGGUUGAUGAUAGAUUUGUCACCAGCCUUCCCUGACGAUCUAAUCCUAGGGAUGGAAAUUCGUGUGCAAGUUACGAAUUAUGUGGAGGAUAGAAUUAUUGCUUUAAGAAACAAUACAGCAUCAAGGCAUGGAUUUCAAAAUAUCAAUGUCUUGAGAGGUAACGCUAUGAAAUUUUUACCUAAUUUUUUCGGUAAAGGACAGCUUUCUAAAAUGUUCUUCUGCUUCCCAGAUCCUCACUUCAAACAGAGAAAACAUAAGGCAAGAAUUAUUACUAAUACUUUACUGAGUGAAUACGCAUACGUUUUAAAAGAAGGCGGUAUUGUAUAUACCAUUACCGAUGUCAAAGAUCUGCAUGAGUGGAUGGUAAAACAUUUGGAAGAACAUCCUUUGUUCAAACGGUUGAGCAAAGAAUGGGAAGAAAACGAUAAAUGUGUAGAAAUAAUGAGAAAUGCCACAGAGGAAGGUAAAAAAGUGGAAAGGAAAAAGGGUGACAAGUUCGUUGCUUGUUUUAUAAGAUUACCAACGCCAACCAUAUUGUAA